GGGUUCCCAGCCACAUUCCCCAACUGGCUGGGGCCACUGAAGCCCACAGCAUGCAGGACUGGUGGUUCCAUUCAUCCCAUCUCUUGAGCUGAUUCCUUUUGCCUUUCCUGCAGCUGGCUGAGAUAGGGGAGAUAGUGAAGAGUGUGCAGGAGGAGAAGGAGAAGGCAAAGGCAGAGUGCUCCAACUGCACCUUUGACAUCAAUGAGCAUUUGGGGGAGCUCCUCCGGCGCUGUGAGAACCUCCAGGAGCAGGUGGAAUCCCUGGAGUCCCGGCAGAUGGCUGUGGGCAAGCUUGAAAAGAUGAUGAGGAAUUGGGGCCAGAACACACAGCAGAUGCAGCCCGAGGAUGCAACAGCUGUACAGAUGCAAAGGGACUAUGAGAAGCUCAGCUUCAUAUCUGGGACCCUCCAGAAGGACUCUGAACAAAAGCAGAAAGAAAUCAAAAUGCUGUUCCAGUCUCUGGAGAAGCUGCAGAAGGAGAAGGCAGAUCAGCAGGACAUGCUGGCAGCAAUGGACAUGAAGGCAGACAAAGCUGCCUUGGGCAGCAAAGUCAAUUGCAGCCAGUUUGAUGUCACUAUGGAGCGUCUGGAUGAGAGGAUGCAGGAGUUGCAGAGCCAGAUUUCAGGCCAGGAGCAGCACUGGAACAAUACGCAGCAGCAGAUCAGUGAUGCAAUGGAAGAGAAGGUGAGGGGUACCUGGUCCCCACCUUGAGGAACUGGCACCUUUGGGACUUGGCAGCC